AUGACGACGCCUGAUCGCUUGGGAGCACCUGAAGACCUUGGAGUUGUCGAACUCUUCGGCACCUCCUCCUCCACCUUUACACGAUCCAUUGCGCUUGGGCUGCACGAGCUGGGGAUCCCGUUCAUCGCCAUUGAACGGGCUGCGCAUUCGGCCGACAUCAAGUCUCGUAACCCCUACGGGACGGUACCCAUUCUCGUCCACCGUCCCGACGGUCUCUACACCCAGCCCUCGGACAUUGUAACGCUGUAUGAGCCGAGUGCGAUUCGUCGAUACAUUGACGAGUUCCUUGCACCUAUCGUUCACACCAAAGGCAGCGUCAAACACCUCACUCCGCCCCUUACGAUCCAAGCGGGCAUUAACCAUGCCAAAACCGUCAUCGAAAGAGCUGGUCUCGAUGGAAAAGUAGCCAGCUUCAUUCAGUCCCUCUAUCCAGCUGUGGAAGGAGGCGUGGUUAAACCGGGGAUUCAAAUGAAGAAGAAUGGCGCCGAUAGCGAGUCCAUCCUCGUGGCCCUCCAACCUGGCCUCGACAGAGUUCAUCAACUCAUGGAAAUUGUCGAACACCAAAUGCAAAGCUGGGACCAGGCAACAGUGACGUGGGCAGAUCUUUUCCUGUAUCCCAUCGCAGAUGAUCUCAGAAACUCACCAGCUGCAGACCUCGUGGCGGGCAACAGCCCUGCUUUCCCAAAGAUCGCAGCAUGGAUCACAAACAUGGACGCCCGUCAAAGCGUCCACGCCAUCAAGUCGUAG